AAGUUAUACCACAAUUAUCAUCACCACAAACUAGCAAAUUUAAAUGCUUACCAAAUGGUUGCUGUGAUGAACAUCAAUGGUGCCGUUUUUGGGCAUCAAUUGGUGAAUGUACGGCAAAUCCGGAUUGGAUGACCGGAAAUUGUCAAUUAGCGUGUAAUACGUGUAAUGUUGGCAAACAACAAGGUUAA